AAAAAAGAAAAAAAAGAAAAAGAAAACCCAGAAGGCAUGGUUUUAAACCUCUUCAUCACAGCAUGAUCCAGUGAAAGGUGACAGAGGAAUCAAUCGGGGAAAAACAAAAAAAGAUGCUUGGCAGUCCAUCCAACAACGGCGGCCUCAGAAUGCUCUCGCCCCCAGCCCCGAACGAUGACAGGCGGGUAGAGUUCGUGGCGCUCACCGCCGUCCAGACGGAACAGAGCGAGCCUUCCACCCCGGAGCGGGGACACCCUUCUCACCGCACGGGGCUCCUAGGGACCCCGCUGCCGGGCCCCCCAGGACCAAGAGCCAACACAUCCGCUUCAAGUAAGCGCUUCAGAAAGUUGCAAAACUGCCUUUACAACGUGCUGGAGAGACCAAGAGGAUGGGCAUUCAUCUAUCAUGCUUUCAUUUUUCUUCUAGUCUUCAGCUGCUUGGUGUUGUCAGUGUUCUCAACCAUCCCUGACCACCACAAGAUGGCCAACCAAGGCCUCUUUAUCCUGGAGUUUGUAAUGAUCGUAGUGUUUGGCUUGGAGUACUUCAUCAGGAUCUGGGCCGCUGGCUGUUGUUGCAGAUACCGGGGAUGGCAGGGACGCCUGAGAUUUGCCAGGAAGCCCUUCUGUGUCAUAGACUUCAUCGUUUUUGUGGCGUCACUAGCAGUAAUUGCUGCAGGGACGCAGGGCAACAUCUUCGCCACGUCAGCCCUGCGCAGCAUGCGUUUCCUGCAGAUCCUGCGUAUGGUUCGUAUGGACCGACGAGGAGGCACCUGGAAACUUCUUGGCUCCGUCGUUUAUGCUCACAGCAAGGAGCUGAUUACAGCCUGGUACAUAGGUUUCCUGGUGCUGAUAUUUGCUUCUUUCCUUGUCUACCUGGCUGAAAAAGACAUCAACUCAGAUUUUGUCACCUAUGCAGACUCCCUCUGGUGGGGAACUAUAACUUUGACCACAAUUGGUUACGGUGACAAGACUCCACGUACAUGGCAGGGCCGGCUUCUGGCUGCUGGCUUUGCCCUUCUGGGUGUCUCCUUUUUUGCCCUACCUGCUGGAAUCUUAGGCUCAGGCUUUGCCUUGAAGGUUCAAGAGCAGCACCGGCAGAAGCACUUUGAGAAAAGGAGGAUGCCUGCUGCAAAUCUCAUACAGGCUGCAUGGCGUCUCUAUUCAACAGAUGCAAAACACUCGUAUCUAACAGCAACAUGGUAUUUCUACGACAGCAUGUUACCUUCAUUCAGGGAACUGACGCUACUGUUCAGUCACCUCCAGCGACAACGUAGCACCAAGAAGGUUCUGCAGAACUCCUACCACACGCUGCUGUCUGGGCUCCGGCCCUACAGCUCCCCCUAUUUGUCGAGGGACAGGAAGGCAGAAGUUCCAUGCAGUCAGCUCCUUUCUAAAAAGCGAGGUCUCUUCCGGAUUCAUGCUGGCCGCAAGCAGAGCAGUAAAAUGGGCUUUCGGGAUCGGAUCCGGAUGAACAACUCCCGUUCAUCCCAAACCAUCCGAAACAAAGCCUCACCUCUGCCCCCCGGCUCCGGUGUUCGCCGCUCCCCCAGCCAGGAGAACGUACCUGAAGCCACCAGCCCUGGAAAGGUCCAAAAGAGCUGGAGCUUUAACGACCGCACUCGUUUCCGCACCUCCCUUCGCCUCAAGCCACGUCCACCUAUUGAUGUGGAGGGAUUGGGAGAGGAAAGCGUGGAAGACAAGUCAUAUUGUGAUGUGGCCAUGGACGAGGUGAUUCCAGCAGUGAAGACGCUUAUACGAGCUGUCAGGAUACUGAAGUUCCUUGUUGCAAAGAGGAAGUUUAAGGAGACUCUCCGUCCAUACGAUGUGAAGGAUGUCAUAGAGCAGUACUCUGCAGGACACCUGGACAUGCUGGGCCGCAUCAAGAGCUUGCAAAUUAGGGUGGAUCAGAUAAUUGGCCGAGGACCUGUUCAGCCUGAUAAGAAAGCACGUCCUGAAAAAGGAGAGAAGACGCCUCCAGAGCUGGACCCGCUGGAUGAGUUCAGCAUGAUGGGCCGUGUGGUCAAAGUGGAGAAGCAGGUACAGUCUAUUGAAAACAAGCUGGACCUCAUGCUUAACUUCUACUCCCAGUGCUUAAAGAAAGGCUCUUCCCACGUCACACUGUCCUCCCUUCUGGACCCCGACCUGACAUCUGAUUACCACAGCCCCACAGACCAAAGAGACCUCUUCCCAUCUGCUAACACGCUCAACAUCUCUCAGUCUGACAGCGGGAACUUGGAAUGACAAUGAAUCAGAUGUCAGGACACAGAAACUAACCCUUUACAGUAUGUCCUCCUAAGGCUGAGCCCUGCCUCUGAGCAGCCCAACAUAACAGACUUCCUCUUCAAUUCAAAUUUAUCCUGUUUGGCCUUCCUAAUCUCAAAUCUCCAUAUUCUUCUUCCUGGAGUCUGUGAAGCUAAUCAGACAAUGACCACCAGGUGGCUCUAGCUAACGAGGAGCCUCAGCCAAAGCUGCUCACCACACACGCCUCUCAACUCACUUGAUGAAGAAACUACUUGACUACUGAAGCUGUUUCACCCACUCACAUCAUGCUGUAUCUGUUCGUACUUUAAAACAUCAAUAGUGGACUAUGGAAGGAAGUUUUCAAAAAUAUUUGGAGGGAUCUUCUCCUUCCUCUGUUUUAUCCUUUUUUCUCUUAGGCUCUUGAAUUGAUGGAAUGUCAUUUAGGAAACAUUGCCAUUAAGCUAUUAGGGUGACAACACAGUUCUUCAUACUGUGAUGAAUGUAGCUUUUUUUUGUGCAAGAUAAACUUAAAAACACAAACAAGAGCCAUAAACACGGGAAGAAAGUGCACAUUUGGACCUGGCUUAUCUUCACCAGCUCAAGGUCCCAUCCAAACAGGGGAAAUUCUGUUUUCCAAAUCCUACAUUAAUCACUGAAAUGUUUCACAUCAGAACUAAGUGAAAAUAAACAGCUGGAUUGAUUGUGGAGCUAGACUUUAGCAUAAGCUACUUUAGUGUAAAUUUCUGUUUGUUUUUACUUCUGGUCUACAACAAGCCCAACUGCAAAAAAAAAGAAAAGAAAGAAGCAUUGUUUCCAGCUAAGACGGCGUUAUAUCGAGGAUUAUGUAGGACUUAAUAGACCACUGUGUUACAUUUUAAUUCUCAAAACUUUUCAAGACCUUUGUGCAAACAAUAAGCUAUUAGUGCCCCAAUUUAUUCAAAUUUAUUUAACAAAUCUCUAGAUGCUCAUGUCUUGCAGCCCACACUCCUGCUAUAUUCAUUCAUUGGGCUUGCCUUUAAAGGAAAAAGAUAGAAUCUUCCAAAAGACGUUCUGCUAAAAUAUCACUAAAAGUUUAAUAUAUCUUCAAAAUAACGCUCUCCCUGUGUCUUUGUUUAGGAUUAAUGUACGGUAGAUCUUUGGACCCAGAAGCUAGAGCAGAAUAUCUGCCUUUUUGCUAAUUUGCCUUGAAAAUGCCUAAAUCGAUAUCGGUCGUAUAUUGAAAUAUAGUUUUCUUUAUUUGGAAUUGUUUUUAACAACACAAACGGAAAUAAUUUGAAAAAGGGGCUAAAAAUGAACAGAGUGCUAGAAAGGAGUUGAAUAAGGAAUUAAAUUUACUUAAAAAACUAGGAUCUAUACAGUAAAGAUCAAUACAUUAUAUUUGAACUUAUAAGAUGAAAUGUAUUAUUUUAUUUAAGUUUGACCUUUGAAGAAAAGAAAAAACAGAACCCCCCCCCACCAAGAAUAAGGAUUUCUAAUUUUUGUAUCAUACACACCAGAACAACCCCAAAUAAUGUAAAGAUGGCUUAUUACUAUUAUGAUUUCUAUCUGAUACAUAUGCAAAAUACAUAGUCUAACAAGUUUAGGCUAGAAUCAGCCAAGGAUCAAAAAUUUAUAUCUUUUCCAUUUUGUCACUAGAGUGGAAACAUCAUUCUUGGCCCUGUGAUUAAUUUGGAACCAAGCUAUAAACGGGUUCUAAAUGGGGAUGUUGUUUUACACAGGAAGGAAUUUGGAUAAUAAAGGUGUGUGGUUCUAAAUACCGUCUCAUAGCUGCAAACAGUUGUUGUUUUGACCAGAAGGUCAGCUAACACCAACGGGCUUUCAGUUCUGGCACAGUUUGCUUGAUGGCUGAGAGAUUCCUGGCUGACUACAGUAAAGCCCAAAAUGAUUUAAUACCCAUUUGACUGAGUUUAAAAAUGAUUUUCAUUGAACAAACAUGUCUAGGUUUCACAUGGAAUGCAUCAAUCAUCUCCCAGAAAAAAGUAAAACAAUAUAAAAAAGUAUAAGUUCAAGAGGAAAGAUUUUAUUAGUUUUUAAUUUUAAUUAAAAAUGUAUACACUCUUCUAAAUAGAGGACAAACUUAACUGGUUAUACAUUGAUCAAAUCUUUCAUGUAAUCUGAUUUAGUUCACUUCUGCUGGUAUUUUGAUGAUCCAUCCUUAUUAUUAACCUAAUCUUUAGCUCCCUCCACAGGUUCCUGUUUAGAAAACAUAUUGAUAAAUUUAAAAGAUCAAUUCUGAUUGGGAUAUGAAUAUGUCUGGGUUAAAAAAUGGACUUAGGACAUAUUUAAAAAUUAACAGUCUAGUAAAACUUUAUAUAGAAGUAGACGCAUGU